CAUUAUGACACCAGCAUGUAAGUCGGAAACCCAUCAAAAAGUACGAAUAAAUUAUGUUGCCAUUUUGAUGUGUGCUAGCUGGGUAGCGUUUAUUAGGGAGUCUUGAAAUGGCUGUCGUGUAUUUUCCGUGUGUUGGCGUGAACCUCUGAAAUGAAUCUACGGUCUCCCCGACGGUCUUAUUGUUGUAGCAUACAGUCUCACCUGCAAGAUGCAACAGCUUGAUCUAUUACCGCUGAGAGUGCAGUCCUAUGGAUCUGACUUACAGGAAACACGGCUCCCACGGCAACACCUCAGCCCUAGUGAGUGAAGCACCAGGCAACAAAGCCAACCCCGCUCCUGUAUCUGCACUUAUUCCCACUGAUGCUUGUUUGAACCAUCAUGGGUGGACUGUCCAUUACGACACACCCUUGGCUGGGCUGAAGUUGGAUGGACAGCGGCCAACUGGGCGCCAAGACACAAUGACUGCUAUCUCUGCCACUGGCCUCAUCUACCUGCUCUGCUUGGCACUGAUGUCCGCAGGCCAGCUGUUGCCCCCACAGAAUCUGACUGUGGAUGUGCUAGACUUUAAGGGCGAGGCAAAGUGGGAUCCUGACCCAGGAAAUCCAUCACACACUACAUAUACUGUGGAGCUGCAGCCAAUUGGAGAGGCAUGGACAAAGAGCUGCACUGACAUAACAGCCACCAGGUGCCCUCUCAUCUUUAGCCUGACUGUGGAUGACCUGCUGAAGAGCUACUACGUCAGGGUCAAAGCCAUGUACAGAGGGGAGAGCUCCACCUGGACUAACCAUGACACAAUCCAGCCAUAUGGAGACACUCUAUUGAGUGCCCCCAUCAUGCACCUCUCCUAUCGUGAGCGGAACAUCUCCAUCCAUGUCGACAUGCCCCAGAGCGUGCUCACCGUGCGCCCUCAGCUGAAGUACUUCAUCCAAGUGUUUGAGGAGACCGACUGGUUAAAUGUUUCGGGAAAGUGCAUAAAAGGAGAGAUUGGAGAGUCCUCCCGAGUGUGCAUGAACCUGACCCCGGGUCAGAAUUACUGCGUGAAGGCCUCGGCUGUCCUUGCCCAGCAGCAGCGGAAACAGCACCUUUACUCAAGAGACUGCAUCUCCUUGCCCAACAAGGCCUCAGCAAUUGUCUGGCAUGCAGUUAUGGGAGCCCUCCUGCUGCUGGCUGUCAUAGUGACACUGAUUCUGACAGCCUUACACUACUACCUGAAGCCCAGGUCAUCUGAGCUGCACAUGCCCAAGUCACUGGAAAUGGUUAGAGGGGCGAGCGGGGCCGUGGCUACUAUUUUGUCCGAAGUCCCCAUCUUGACUGUUUACCUGUGGCACACCUCGGCUUCCCUGGAGAGCUGCCCAACACUGCCAGCGAAGCAACCCUUUGUCCCCUGUGAGUACGAGCUCAGGAGUUGCCACAUCAGUGAUGAGGAAAGCAAGGGUCACAGCAAUGUUCUGCCAGGGCCUGCGGAACAGGAAAGCCCGGGCAAUUGGCCUCUUCCACUGCCCUGUCCUUAUUUGGAAGCAUUGGACAAUGACGGGGAUGGAGUCGAGGACUGGGAUGAGGACGGGGACAAGCAGGGGUACAAGAGCUGCAGCUCAGAGGGCACAGGCUGUAAUGCAGAGGCAUUGCUGAGGGAACAGUGGGGGAACGGACGCUGGCAGCUGGAACAGGCCCCCAGCCUGGAUGUACCCAUGACUAGCCUCAGCCUUUGCAUAGACUCUGGAGAAGAGGCAAGCCGCGAGACGGGAGAAAUUGAUAGUGAUGGAGAGGGAGGGGCCGAUGUGGAUGAGGGGGCAGAGCUCCUGGGUUGCUCCUUCAGAGACUCCUUGGGAUAUCUGCCUGGUGCCCUGGAAAACUUUGAGGAUCCGUACGCCCAGAGGUCCGGCUCCACCUACAUCAAUGGGUAUGAGCCCCGUCCGGAACCUAGCUCCCAGGAUCCCUUCCACUCUGCCCCCAGGAUGACGCUCAGUCCUGCCUCACCCAUAUUUGAACAAUCUGUGCUGUAUUUAAAGAGGUGAUGACUUAUAUACAUCAGCUCAUAUGUGAAACUCUGCAUGGGGGAGCUGUCUGGGAUCGUGGUUAGAGAACAUCCCUCUCCGUUGUUUUAAAAGGAUUUAGAUGGAGAUAAGAACCAAAAACACUGUCUCCACCCCAAAGCUGGUGUGCCCCAUUUUCAUUUAAGGUGGUAAAGUCCUGGAUUUGUAGUCUCGUUUUAUGUUAUUGACACGGGUAAACAUGUUAGCUGCAGUGGCGGGUCCAACUGCAUUACUCACAUACCGAUCAUUGACUUCAACAUUAUUUAUUUGCUUUGCUGGUGUGAGUUACAUUUUGUACAUCUGGAUCAAUUCAUGCCUUCAAGAACAAUGUACCAUGCAGGAUUCAAACCUCACAAGUUCUGUUUCCUGAUCACUACUAAAAACGGUGCUGCUGCCACCAGAAAGUCCCAAACAAAGGCAUUAUGAAUCAGUUCAUUAGAAGAGUAAAGGCAUUUACAAAGGACUGUGGUUUGAUGAACCACUCUUACAAAAUGUUUUGCUUCCUCUUAAGGUUGGUUUCUUUGUCAUGCCUCAAGACAUUUUUUUAAAGACCUACUUUGAAUUGUUGUAGCUUGAUAUACUGAGGAAGCAGGAGGCAUUACUCUGUACAGACUGAACAUUAUAUUAAAUUUUUUUUAAUCUGUAUUGUUGAUUAAAUCCUUUUUAGUUACUGUUCAUGUACAGUAUUUAUAUAUUUAUAGUAUGUGUUGACAUUCCAUCUAAGUCAAACAAAACACUACACACAAACAAAAUAAUGUAUUCAUUUGGCUACCAGCUUUGACACACAACCAGCUUUGUAAGUACAAAAUAAUGGAUAUAUAUUACUGCCAUAAACAUUUAACUUAUUUUAAUAUUUACAAGCCAUGGCACACAUACACAUUUAUGACAUUGUACAAAAUAUUAUGAGGGGAGCCAAAAAAAUUCCAUCCCCUGAGCAUGAAGAGAAAAACUUCAGUUCAACCAUAUUGCACUGUGACUUAUACUUCACUUGAAAAACAAAUUUAAGCAAAUUACACUUUUAAUUACUUGCAGUUACAGCUUACAGUUUUUCCCCUGAAAUUCAGUGACUGCAAAAUUCAGAAUGUGUUGGUAACAGAGUUAAAGUAGCAGGGCCGGCUAAAGGCAUAGGCCAUAUAGGCAGUUUCCUAGACCGCCACCUUCUGGUGGGCGCUGGUCGCCCUCAAAGGAAAAAAAAAUUUGCCGGUGGGCGCCCUUCCUCAUUUUCUGCCUUGAGGUAACUGUAAGGUUUGAGAGACCCCAUACAGGGUCUCCUCCACUAUCCCACAAACACAGAGGUGCCGACAUCCUAGGUGCCAACACACUCACACAGACAGACAGACACAGACACACACACACACACACACAAAGGCUGCCAUAGAUUGUUACCUGGCUAGGCCUCUGGUUGAGGGCUGAGCGUCAGACCCCCUGCGGACCAGCAGGAAGCAGGUAACAGAGGUGAUUGUCAGAGUCAGAGAAGGUAUAUAAAGUGCCUCAAUGUAUCAACCGGGGUUCAAUUACUCCGCGGACUGUUUUUCUGUGACGCUUUGCCAAUCAUUGUAAAACUUUCUCGUUGCAACGCCAAUAAAACCAUACCGACCUACAAAACUACAUCGGACCUGCGCCUCUUCUAUUCUUGCAUAACAAAUGAACAAAUAAAGAAAGAAAGAAAGAAAUACACUUUGCACCCCUGUUCCUCACAAUUUUUCAUCUGCCCUGGCCUGCAUUUGUACUGUGCGCACUGAAAGUGGGGGAUGGGUUACCGUUUAAUGCGCAUCACAGACAGCCCAAGCCCGGUACAUAAGAAGUGCCAGAGAUUGCUAGAGUGACUGACUGACUGAUGGACAGAUGUCAAGAGGCAGAUAUCUAUUUUCACAUUUUAUUUCAUAAUGAAAAGGUCCAAGCCUUCAGGUGCGCAAAGAAUAAAACGGAGAAAAGAGGAGGACAAGAAAGCCCAAUAAAGAGGUAUGUCGUCUUCUGUUAACAUUAAAAUGUCGUUUUGUGUGUAGAUGUUUCAUUUGUAGUACCUAGCUAGCUAAGUAGCAAUAAAGCCAAUUCUAGAUAAUGAUGCUACAAUAGCUGCUAGCCUCAGAUACAGAUUGAAGGAUAUGAAUCUGAAUGGCAAGCCAGGAGCUAGCUAUCUGGAUAACUGCUCCUUCCUACAAAGUAAGGCACUGUACUGAAAUUUCGCUGACCAAUAUCAGUGAUAAUGGCUAACGCUAUAUUCACAAAAAC